CAUGCAGCAGGAGAUCCGGCCCCUCGCGGCAGUGGAUAUCAUAGAACAACUCCACAGACAGUUCGCCAUCUUGUCAGGAGGCCGCGGGAAAGAUGGUGCCCCAAUUAUAACCUUCCCUGAGUUUGCAGGUUUCAGUGAAAUCCCUGAUGAAGAUUUCCUGAAUGUUGUGACCUACUUGACCAGCAUCCCCAGUCUCGAGGCUGCCAGCAUCGGGUUCAUCAUUGUUAUCGACAGAAGGAGAGACAAAUGGAGCUCCGUAAAGGCAUCUUUGACCCGAAUAGCAGGAGCAUUUCCAGGAAACCUGCAGCUCGUCUUUGUCCUUCGGCCAUCCCGCUUUAUCCAAAGGACCAUCGCUGACAUUGGCAUUAAACUCUAUAGAGAUGACUUUAAAAUGAAGGUACCGGCUGAGGAAGGCAGUGUGUAUGGGAUGUGA